AUGAACGCGGGACAGCCAGCAUCGCCUUCGUCGCCGACGGCCCGCCGUGGUGCCCCGGGCGGCGGUGGAGGAGGGGACAAUGCGGAGUUCCCCAUGCACGUGUUCGUGGUGGGCCUCAUGCAGCCUACCACCAAGCUGGCCUUUGAGCAGUGGGUGCGGGAGGGCGACAACGAGACCAAGGAGCUGCUCCAGCGCAUCUCCCGCACGCGCGAGGAACUCGUCAGCGCCCUCACCCGCUCCACCCCCGAAGCCGCCCUACGCUCGCUCGAUGCGUACAUCCCAUGCGAGCUGGGUCUGAUGGAAGGACUGGACCAAGCGGCCGCGGCAACGGGCAACCCGGUGGCCAGGAACAUUCGGGUGUGCUGGACCAGCAGCGUCAGCGUCAACUUCUUGAAGAACCCGAUGGUGUUCAACAGCAUGUCGUCGGAGCUGUUCUUCUCCUACAUGACGGCCGCAUUCCUCCACAGAGCUGCGGCCGCGCAGCGAUUCGGCACCAUCUUCGCUUCUCAGGAGGCCUUCGAUGAGGGUUCCAAAGAGGUCGCUCGCUCGCUCUGCAUGGCUGCGGGCAUCUUCGAGUUCAUACGAGACACCCAAUGCCUCCAGUUCAAGAAAGUCAGGUACUACUUCCCCCCGCUUUGCGUCCAAUUCGAAGGCGAACUGACGGUGGCCACUCGACACGGCAGGCUGGACCCGCCGGUGGCCGAGAUCACGGAGCACUUCCAGACCCUCUUCAUCAAUCUGUGUCUCGCCGAAGCGCAGCAGAUCGCGGUGCAGAAGGCGAUGGCAAAGGGCACCAGCGACUCCCUGCUGGCGAAGCUCAUCCUCGACAUCUCUCAGAAGUACAACAUCGCGUCGUUUGCGCUGAAGGCCAUAACCGGGGUCGAAUUCGUCGAGUCGUUCCGCCUCUAUCUCACCCUCAACAACCUCCUCUUCUCUGGCCUCACCUACAAACACCUCGCCCGCGAUGCCCACGCCAAUGGGGAGUACGGCCGGGCGGUGGCCUACAUGCAGAAGGCCGUGGGCGAGGUGCCGGAGAAGCCCAAGGGCCGGUUCACAGACGCGGCCUUCCAGUCGUUCGUGAACGUCUACGGCGCCGAGCGGGAUGAGCUCGUCAAGCUGGCCAAGGCCUACGCCAGCGACAACGACGCCAUCUACUACGACCGCGUGCCGCCCGAGUCAGAGGUGGUCCUGCCGGCCGAGGGCCGCAGCCUCAUGAAGGCCGUCCCCUACGCGCCGCCCGCGCCCAUCCCCGUCCCGGUCAAGCUUGCCAAGUCCCCCGAUUGUCUCCUCCAAUAG